CCCCAUUUUCCCAAAGGUUUUGCGAAGCUCGAAUGUGAGAUAGACUGCGCUCUGCAGACAGAAUUUGCAUCACUCAGACAUGAAAAUAAUGGGCAGCUGCAUUUGAAUUAUUCAGAAGAUGUCCAAGAAAAAAGGAAACGUAGCAGUGGUGAGCUGAGUGACAGCCUGGCCGCUGACCCCAACAGCAUCCUGGGCAUGAGGAUCCAGCACAGUUGGAGGGAGAAAGGGGCACUGACUAAGUGGAAGGGGACCGUUCUCGACAGACUGAGUGUCAACCCCACGCUCUUCAUGGUCAAGUACGAUGGAUUCGACUGUGUCUACGGCAUCGAGCUCUUCAAGGACGAGAGGGUUUCCAACCUGCAGGUCCUCAAGGAGAAAGUGGUGAACAACAAGAUCAAGGUUCCCCAUGAUGCAGAGGAGCUGGUGGGCAAGGCUGUGGAGCACUUGUUUGAAAAAGAGGAUGGUGAAAAGAAUGAGUGGAGGGGCAUGGUCCUUUCCAGAGCGCCGAUCAUGACCAACUGGUAUUACAUCACCUACGAGAAGGACCCUGUCCUGUACAUGUACCAGCUGUGGGACGAUUUUGAGGACGGAGAUCUGCGUAUCUUACCUGAAGCAGAGAACAAACACUUGCUCCCAGCUGACAGGAAGCCAGGUGAGGAAACAGAGAGCCUUGUGGGUAAGCAGGUGGAGUAUGUUACUGACAAAGGAGUGAAGAGAACCGGUCUGGUGAUCUACCAAGUCCCUGCCAAGCCGUCUGUCUACUACAUUAAGUAUGACGAUGACUUUCACAUCCAUGUGUAUGACCUGGUCAAGACCUCCUAAGAGGACCCAGCUGUACGUUCCCCAUUGCUCACCUGCCAUUGACAUUCUCUUCUCCCAUUGCACUGUAAGGAAAGUGACGUGCUGUAUUGUCAAAAAGUGCAAUCAUUCAACAAGGCCCUGAUUUUGAAGGGUUUUUAGUCCUCCCACACAGCAGUACCUGUCCAGCUGCCACUAGAGGGAGAUGGGUCUGUCAGCCUCUCCACAAUGGUAGACAUUUUCCAGUGGAAGAGAAGCUGCCUCACAGAUUCAGCAAAUACACUUAGAUGUUUUAAAAUGAGGCAUCAGAGUUGAAAUGUUUGAGGAAAAGUGCUGAACAUCUGCAUCACGCAUUUGGCAGGGAUGUGAUAACUGUAAAAAUAUAAGGUUGUUAUGAAGUUAGAUGAUCUGCUAUAAGCAAAACAAUUGCCCAUAAAAUGUGUAGAAUGUUAAUAUUGUCUAAACCUGGCUUUUGCCACAGCAGAGAUGUGUAGCUGGUGCAGCUCUUAUGGGGUGAGAUAUAAAGUUGCUACAGACUUGGUUAUAAUCUGCUAUGGGAAUGUGGAUUAUUUCUGCCCAUCUCAACUCCAACUGAAAAAUUCUACCAGUCAUGUUCAGAUGCUGGACCAGUCAGGGAAUGUUGUCAGUUAAACUCUGUAUCUGUCAAAGCCCUGUGUGUAGCAUGAAAACUGGGAAAGCAGUGGGGACAGUGUGAAUAUUAAAACAUAGCCAUGUUUGACCACACCUUUGUGAGUAACGAUAUUGAACUCAUAGAGCCAAUCUUUAUAGUAGGAAACAACUCUUCAUUUUAAAUGAAACUGUUAGUUGAUUAAUACCCUGUUGGAAUGAAUUAACAGUAAUCUAAUGCAAAACAGUUAUCACACUAAUUUUACUGGCAGUGCAAUGACUACUGUUUUUGUUAGUAAGCCUAUGAAAAGUAGGUGUUUUGGGAAAAAAAAUGUAUAAAAAAAUCAGUGAAGGUAUCAUUCAAUUAGCAAUGGUAGAAAUAACUAUGCUUUGUAAAUAGGCAGCAGUGGCUUGUGACUAAACUUUUGGAAACUAGGUCUGAUACAUUGACAUUUUUUGACACAUCAUUGCAUUAUAGAUCAAAUUGAAGUAAGCAUUUCCUUUUGACUUGAUGAACUUUUGAGUAUAGAAGAUUAUUCAUUUGAUAGAGGAGAAAGCAAAACUAAGAUGGGCCAGUACACUUGACCAUGGGAUACUCUGAGCAGUAGUACUAUAACUAAGGUUGAGAAUUUAAGGUCAAUAUUGUCACACCCCCAUGUUGCCAAAUAAGACUACUUAAGCAUGUACAGGUCCCGAUGACCCUAGAGAAGAGCUAGGCUGUGAGAAGCCCACAUGUGAUCAUGUUGUCACAAGGUGAAAUACAGUUGUGUGGAUGGAAAGCAUACAAAGCAUCCACACCCUCUGUAAAUACAUAUGCAGAAUCCUGUUUUUCUGGCAAAGGUGUAUUAAUGACCACAUAAGAAUGAAUACACAUGUUUUAACAAUAUUUUGACAGGUGAAUGAAAUUAUUGUCUUCGUGGUCAGUUAAUGUAGGGC